AUGUCCGGCAGCCGUAUAUCCACCGGAUGCCGCAGAUUCCUCUUCCAGUCGCACAUAUUGUGGACAGACCAUAAUAAUGUGACAGAGAUCAAACUUCAGGGGCAGCGCAGAGAACGCGACAGAAUGCAAAGUGCUGAGGGGCCAAUCAGGUAUCAGCAUGCCAGUCAGACCUCAAGGCACUGGGAGCUCUGCGGGGCCAUCCAUGGUCGCUAUGGCGGGAAGCAACUCUAUGCCGCUCAGCUCGCCAGCAUGCAGGUCUCUCCCGGAGCCAAGAUGCCCUCCACGCCACAGCCCCCCAAUUCCACAGGAGCCCCGUCGCCCACGCCCGUCAAGAGCGAGAAGAGGGGGAGCAGCCCCAUCACACAGGUCAAGGACGAGGCCGCCCAGCCGCUCAACUUGUCGGCGCGACCGAAGACGGCCGAGCCCGUGAAGUCGCCCACCUCUCCCACUCAGAACUUCUUCCCGCCCAGCAAGACCAGCCCGGUGAGCCUCUCCAGCAAGAGCGGCAUUCCCAGCCCAAUCAGCGGAGCCCUGGGCCGGGGGUCCUCCUUAGAUAUCCUGUCCAGUCUGAACUCUCCGGCGCUGUUUGGGGACCAGGACACGGUCAUGAAGGCCAUACAAGAGGCGCGGAAGAUGAGAGAACAGAUCCAGCGGGAGCAUCACCAACCCCACGGCAUAGAUGGGAAGAACAAUCUGGGACUGAACAAUCUGGGACUGAACAACUGCCGAAGUGACAAGAUGCUGUUUGACGCCGUCACAGGAAGGAUGUGCGUUAGGAGUUUACACGCAGAGAGGACACACUAUGACAAUAUGGGCCCACAGCUGAUGGGGAAGCCAAACGAAGAAGGAAAAAUGGGGCCCGGCGUCAUCGAUCUGACAAGGCCAGAGGAUGCAGACGGGGGCACCACGGUGGUGGAGGCGCGAGUGUACAGAGAUUCUCGGGGGAGGAGUACCAAUGAGCCGCACAUCAAGCGACCAAUGAACGCUUUCAUGGUUUGGGCGAAAGACGAGCGGAGGAAAAUCCUGCAAGCCUUUCCCGACAUGCACAACUCCAACAUCAGCAAAAUCCUGGGUUCCCGCUGGAAAUCCAUGUCCAACCAAGAGAAACAGCCAUACUACGAAGAACAAGCUCGCCUCAGCAAGAUCCACCUAGAGAAGUAUCCCAACUACAAGUACAAGCCCCGGCCCAAGCGCACGUGCAUCGUGGAUGGCAAGAAGCUCCGUAUUGGGGAGUACAAACAGCUGAUGAGGUCGAGGAGACAGGAGAUGAGGCAAUUCUUCACUGUCGGGCAACAGCCCCAGAUCCCCAUAAGCUCCGCAGCGGCGGCGGCGGUGUACCCGGGUGCGAUCAGCAUGGCGAACACCGCGCCGUCGCCACAGAUGACAUCGGACUGCUCCAGCACUUCGGCCAGCCCCGAACCCAGCAUCCCCGUCAUACAGAGCACCUACGGCAUGAAGAUGGACAGCGGCAGCCUCACCGGCAACGAUCUGAUGAACGGAGAGGACGAGAUCGAGAUGUACGACGACGUAUACGACGAGGAGCCCAAAUCGGACUACAGCUAA